AUGGAGUGGAGGUGGAGGUGGUCGUGGUGGUGGUGGCAGUGGCAACAUGGAGGUGGUGGUGGAUGUGGAGGUUUUGGAGGAGGUGGUGGUAGUGGUGGUGGUGGUGAUAGUAGUGGUAGUAGUGGUGGUGGUGGUGGUGGUGAUGGUGGUGGUUGUGGUGGUGGUGGUGGUGGUGGCAGUGGUUGUGGAGGUAGUGAAUGUGGUAGUGCAAAUGGUGGAGUUGGAUGUGGAAGUAGAGGUGGUGUCAUUUUUUAA